UCAACCAUGGUGCCACACUGAGCUUUAGAGAGGACAGCCAUCCGGUGAACAGACAGUGUCUUACGUUGUUUAUUGUUUGUGGGUAUAUACAUUUUAUUUCUUAACAUCAUUAAUGAUUCUCUGAAAGAGACUCAGAAUCUCACUUGAUAUUAGUAAUUCUCUAAAGAGUUCAGCUAUGAAGCAUAAAGAGAAGAAGAAACACCUGGAGAAGACAUGCUUACAACAGCCUGGGAAAAAGUCAAAAUGUAAAAGAGGCAAGCUCAUUAUCAAACAUGUGGCUGAAAAAGAGCAGCAAACAACAGUGAAAGCAGCAGAAUUGGAACACUCUCCAGAUCAUGCCUCUGAGACACAUGAGGUGGCUUCAAGCUCAAGUCUAGAUGCAGGAGAGACUUUGUCAGCCUCAGAACAUUUGCCCUGCGUUUUGCAUUCAAGCAUGCACAUUUCUGUGGACCAUGAUAGUAAGGCAGACACAAAGGUGACCUCAGCGUGGACAACAGGUCCUGGAUCUUCCAACAUGCCUCCAAAUCAAGAUCUCAUGGAGACAGAGAAUUCCUCCUCCAUGCCGCAUUGUGAUUUACCUUCCUCCUCAGCCAAUAACCUCUUGGUGUCUGCAGUAGCUACUGAAAAGGAAAAAAUAAUGAAUGUUUACUACAAGACUGUCCCAGUGAAAAGGGGUGUGGAUGCUUUGGAGGAUAAAGAAGAUUUGGAGCCUCCUGCAAAGAUGAUAAAAAUAGGAAAUGCUGUCUGUCAGGAGAGGAACCCUCCAAAAGUCAGCUUCGCUUCCAUGAACCUCACAGGUAUCUUAAGUCUUGGUGAGGGCAACUUGGAUGGUGAACAGCAAGGCAAAAAGGAAGAGGCUGAGAAGCCACCUGAGAAUCUGGCCCAGGAGGUGGGUCCCAGUGCCACAACAUCUGCAGAGCUGGAGCAAAUGUACAGUGGCUUUAGGUGCAUGAGUUGCCUCCAGGUGUUCCCUAAUUUGCAGAUGCUCAAGAAACACCUGGAGGAGGGGGUAGACGAGGGUGGUUCCCGCCUGAAUCUCGUCUUUCCCAAAAUGAUGAACAAAAGGAAUAACAACAAGAUCACAAGGAGGAAGAAGACAAAUAUCACAGCAGCAGAUGGAAAUGAUAUGGAGAUACUUUUGAGGUUCUUGGAAUUUUUGAUUUUUUGUUGCUUUUUGUUAUCUUCUUAUAGUAAAUAGAGACUGAAUCAUUCUUCCAUGUCUGUAAAUGAGAGCUACUGACUCAAGUGGGCCCCAGAAGCCUCAUCAUCUGCCAAAUAACAGAAAAAAUCGGCACCUUCCUCC